GGGGGCGGGGCGGGGAAGCGCCAUGUCGGACUUCAAGCUGGGCAUCGUGCGGCUCGGCCGGGCGGCCGGCAAGACUAAAUACACACUGAUAGAUGAGCAAGACAUCCCAAUGGUGGAGAAUUAUACCUUUGAGGCUCGGAUGGAAAUUGAUGCUGAUGGAAAUGGUGCAAAAAUAUUUGCGUAUGCGUUUGACAUCAGCAAACGAAGAGGCUCUGGGCGACCUUUGCAUGAGCUGCUCUGGGAACGGCACAGGGGAGGGAUAGCGCCACGUUUCCAGGUAGUUCACAUCAAUGCCGUGACAGUGGACAACCGACUGGAUAACCUCAAGCUUGUCCCUAUAGGCUGGAGGCCAAAGGCAGAAGAGAUCUCCAGUAAACAGAGAGAACAGAGUCUAUAUUGGUUGGCUAUCCAACAGGUGCCUGCAGAUCCCAUUGAGGAGCAAUUCCCCGAGUUGAAUCUCACGCGUUACUACAAUGCCAAUGGUGACAUUGUGGAGGAUGAAGAGGAUUCUUGCACGUAUUAUGAGUGCCAUUAUCCACCAUGCACUAUGAUGGAGAAACAGCUUCGUGAAUUCAACAUCUGUGGCCGUUGCCAGGUGGCCCGAUACUGUGGCUCCCAGUGUCAGCAGAAAGAUUGGCCGGCCCAUAAGAAGCAUUGUCACGAGAAGAGGCGUCCACUGCAGCAGGAACUCGAGCCGGAGCGAUGACCCCUCCUCUGCCCUGCCCCUCCUCACCCUCGCCCCGCAUGCUUUCGCCAUGGUUCAACAGUGGCGUCAGUUUUGUUUUGCACAAUUCAGACUGGACACAAAGUUCCAAAGGCACUGAGGAAGAGAAAAAAAUAACCAGAAAGGACUUGAGGAGGUCUCUGUGAGAAGAGGGGGGCUGGGGCUUUUCCUAUGAUUGAUCGUUAAAGAAGACUAUGGAAGUUCCCAGUCGGGAGCUUCUGACUAUAUUUAUAUGUUGAUAUGUAUUUGAACAAAAUCUUAUGUACAGUUUUUUAUGUUGUAAAAUCUGAUCUGUUUGAAGUUCGGUGAUAACGUGUAGCUGAACAGAGUUACCUAAAAAAACGCAAUUUGCUCCGGUAGCAUUAUGUGACUCUGGGACAGCUUGCUGCUAAUGUGAUUGUAGAGAAGAAAACAAAGACCCAGCUUACUGUGUGUUCCAGAGAUAACACUAACGCCAGGUCUCUGGAACUUGUUUACUUGGCGAGGGGGGGGGGGGGGGAUAAACAUAACCGGUUGAAAGCAUUAUUAGUGACAGCUGCUGGAGUGAAUGAAUUAUAAGCAUCUUUGUGAUAUCAUUCUCGUACUCCACUUGCAACACACAAUGCAGUCUGCCACUUGUCUCUGUGCUGGAGGUUAUGUUCAAUGUAGCACUGAUCAAACUCCAGGUGUGGUGCUGCUCUCAAUCAGUAUUUUUUCAAGUCGUAUCAGACUAUUGGGAAACAUAAUAAUUAGAAGUUAUUUCUCAUUCUUAAUUCAAGACCUACUAAAGGCACAUCGUUUUUAAGGACACAGCGGGUAUGGAAUAAUGGUACAGGAAUCCACUUGGUGGCGUGAAUUGCUUUUUAAAUGUAUCUGGUCCUGCUGAGAAGCCAUCUAAUUAGUAUAGGGCCAAAUUGUUCCUUGUCUGGCAUUAUAGGGAGAAGGCUCAUGACUCGUUCAUAUUUCCUGAAUGGGAGGUGGGUUUGAAAUUGAAAUCCAACUCCGAGAUGGAAUUUGGUUCAGGUGCACAGUGUGAUACCAUGUGUUUACAGACGGUGCUUCACUGAUUCCUCCCGAUGUCCUGUGCCUCAGUGCUGCCAUGGCCAAGUUCCUAAGUAUUAGGCAUAUGGAGUCGAAACUUUGGAUUUUUACCCCCCCCCCCCCCCUUCCCUAAAAGAAUUUACCCCCCCCCCCAAAAAAAAAGAAUGUAUGGCUUCAGUUCACCUUUGCUGGGACGUGGCGUCUGUGAAUGUGAUGGGUCCCGUUGGGAAUGGACCAAGAAAGGUAGAUUACAUGGGAGAUUACACAGUGCAGUUUGUACUCGUUCUCCUCGUCACUGGGUAUUCACUUCUGUUUGCUCCUCUCUUGACUACAUGUAUCUGAAACCGGCUAGUUUGGAGGUGUCAUUUUAAUGCAGCACAAAUUCCUAUUUAUCUUUGGACAUUUUUACAAGUGUUAAGUAUAUUUUUUUAAAUUAGUAAGUUAUUUUCAUUGGAGUCAGCAGACAGCUGGUAUCCAGUUUAAAAGCUGCUGGUUAUCCACUGUGCUUGAGAGCAUGAUGGUUUUGUGCAUGUCUCAGCUGGGUGGGUUUCACAUAAUAGACGGUGGAUGGGUACACCUUGGAGGUCUUGCUCCCCUAUAGCCAUAAUUGUACACUCUGUAAGGACUUUAAAAAUAAGAUUUGUUCAGUUAGUCCCAAAAUGGUUUCCCUCCUGUUAAGGGGCAAAACUUUAAUGUGGUCUGGAACUUGAAAACUGGCACAAAUCUCCUUGCCAUUUUGCAAUGAUUUUUAUUUCUGGGUAGAAGGGAGACUGGUUGAAGUAUAUCAGGCAAGCAGAGACCCAUGAACUAAUAUGAAAGCUGCUGUAUCUGUGUGCAUGUUUUAAAUGGGUUGCUGUUACUGUAUUGUGCUGUUGCUGUGCCAAGCUUUGCUUUUUUCCCCAAUUGAAGCAAAGGCUCUUUCAAGAUUCAGAUACCUGUUUUAAGUACAAUGGAAUACUGCGGAUCUAAGCCAGUGCAACCUCUUGCCACUUAACCCGCCUACUGGAAUAUUUUGAUGGUCCAGUUUCAGAUGUUUCAGGUGUGCAUUUAAUGCAGAUAAAGCCAGUGUAAUAUUCUCCCAUUUGAUUCACUGCAGCUUCCUUCGCUUUAAUAAGUGGGUUUAGCAUGGUACUUUCUCCACAAAACAUUGAUUUGCCACCUUUUAUGUAUAAGUGCCCCGAGGAUGCACUAGUUUAUAUUUGAUGUUGGGUUUGAUAACUUUAUAAUUUGAUAUAAGGAAAGUGGCAGAUAAGACUUGCAUUGUAUUUCCAAUCUCUUCCUCUAUGUCAAUUCUAGCAAUAAUUUUCUUACUUUCCCUUAUAAACCAAAUUGCAUUAUCAACAUACCCAACUAGUUUGUAUCUGGAUCCCAAGAAUAAUCUAAACAGUAUGGCAGUGUAACCCAGGAUGUGUCACUGCAACUAUUGGGGCUUGCUAUCUGCUUUCUGGUCACUGAGCAGAUUUGCCAACUUCCAUACAGCUGCAUGUGAAUAGAUGUGCAAAAUAUACUUUUUUUACACACUUCCUGCAAACUAAUGAAACCAAUAAGCUCCUGCUUGGGAUAUUUCACACUAAAUGUAACUGCUGUGGUUUAUUAAGUUCUGACAUUCACAAAGAAAUACAAUUACGGUAAUGUCUCUUGGAUUUAACUUCUCAAAAUUCUGAAAUUAAAUUUGGAGUGGUAUUGUUCGAUAAAACAGCUUCAUUUAAUUAUUCCAAGUCCACUUAUUCCAUUGAAGCACACUGCUGCACAGAUUAUUGUGGAUCACUGAUUUAGUGAUACAACUGGCUCCAUCAAAUGCGAGUUAUGCCCAGUACAGUCGGAUGAGAUGUUCAAAUGCAGCCAGACCAAUAAAAACUCAGAAAUGCGUUGAUGCUGUUCCAAUUCUAAUUACAAUGUUGUGUGGUCAGCUGCAACAAAUGCAGAUCACUAGCCACUUCAGUGUUGAUGUGCCCUCAGUUUGUUUCAUGCACUGAAUACAGUUCCUUGCCUGUAUUUAAAAUUGUUAAAUAAAGCUGAAUCAAAUGUUUUGACUCUGCAAA